AAAGCGGUCCGCAUGUAGCUGCAGGUCAGAACUCGGUCUGCCUCGGCGUGCUGGUGCGAUAAAAUCCGAUGAUAAACAUGAACAAUAACAUAAACAGAGGUGAUUGAUGGCUCCACACAGGGGCGGGUUCACCUCCUGCUGCCCCAGCGCGCCGUCCGACACGGUGCAGGACGCAAAGCGGCGGACCAGCGGGCCUUAUGACGUGACACGAGACAGACCUACAACAUGAGGAUCCUAUUUCAAACGGGGGGAGGGGGCUUAACCGCAGAUUUCAAGAUGAAAACUUGGUGAAUGCGCUUGUUUGGCUGUGCAAUAGGGUGACAUUAAACAUUAAGAUACCCUGAAAUAUUCAUUACCCUGGUCUGGUGACAAGUUGCAGCGUGUGUGUGUGUGUGUGUGUGUGUGUGUGUGGAGCAGAAGAAGCGAUGCUCUCAGAAACCCAAGAGUCAGAGACACAGCACGGAGCAGGAUAAGGUUUGCACUGCAGAUUGGAUGCAACUCUUGAGCGGCGUUUUGAAUGAAACUUGCCCGUGACUGACAGCCGCUGAUGGAUCCGUCGGUGACACAAGUCCGACAGGCGGCUCCUCGGGGCUUGGAGGAGUACAAUCCCUUCACGGACGCCAAAUCGCCCCCGGGGAUGGCGCCCAAGGCCGCGGCGCCCUCCGUCAGCACGCAACCCGCCAUCAUGAAGCCCACAGAGGAGCCGCCGGCCUACACGCAGUCUCGCACGCAGGAGCAGUCGGGGGCCGCCGCUGAGCUGCUGAGGAGACAGGAGGAGCUGGAGAGGAAAGCUGCCGAGCUGGACCGCCGGGAGAGGGAAAUGCAGUCGCUGAGCGCCUCAGGAGGCAGGAACAACAACUGGCCCCCCCUCCCUGAGAAGUUCCCCGUGGGCCCCUGUUUCUAUCACGACAUCGCGGUGGACAUCCCUGUGGAGUUCCAGAAGACGGUGAAGAUCAUGUACUACCUGUGGAUGUUCCACACGGGGACGCUGCUGGCCAACAUGUUCGGCUGCCUGGCCUGGUUCUGCGUGGACGCGUCUCGCGGCGUGGACUUCGGCCUGUCCAUCCUGUGGUUCAUGCUCUUCACGCCCUGCGCCUUCGUCUGCUGGUACAGGCCGCUCUACGGCGCCUUCAGGAGCGACAGCUCAUUCAGGUUCUUCGCUUUCUUCUUCGUGUACAUCUGUCAGGUCGGCGUCUACGUGAUGCAGUGCAUCGGCAUCUCCAGUUGGGGCGCCAGCGGGUGGAUCUCGGCUCUGACUUGCCUGAAUCGCAGCAUCCCGGUGGGAAUCAUAAUGAUCCUCAUCGCCGCGCUCUUCACGUCGGAGGCCGUCAUGUCGCUCAUCAUGUUCAAAAAGGUCCACGCGAUGUACCGCACCACCGGCGCCAGCUUUGUGAAGGCCCAGCAGGAGUUCGCCACGGGCGUCAUGACCAACAAGACGGUCCAGACGGCCGCCGCAACCGCCGCCUCCAGGGCCGCGCAGGGAGGCUUCAAGGAGCAGAUCUGAUUGGCUCUCAUCUCCUCCUCCUCACUCACUGGAGCCAACUGUCCUGUUUGAACACACGGAGUGCCCCCCCCCCCCCCCCCCCCCCUUCAGACAACAGAUUCAAUCAUGACGGCGGCCCCCAUCAGCCUCGCUGUGUGUGUGUGUGUGUGUGUGUAUUCCAUCGGCCCCAUUAAGAAUCCCCCCCCCCCCCCCCCUCGCAGUCGUCAUCAGCCCGAUAACCACGUCCUGUUUUUAGGUUCCGGUUGCCCUGUUACAUGCGAGAUGUUUCUGCUCAUGUGUUCGUGAUCCCCAGAGGAUGAAUCCCUGUCCGAGGAGCAGGAGGCGAGGUCCUUGGCGGGGGACUUGGGGGAUUUUCUGGUUGAAGUAUCGCUUUAAAGUUUGCGUUGGAGUAUUUUUUUUUUUGUGUUGUGGAGUUUUGCCAAGUUGCACUUUAACUCUUUGUCUACAUAUGGAAGUAUAUUUAUAGCAAGUCGCAGGUCGUCGCCGUCCUUUUCUUCGUGUUGUGAAGGACUGAGAUGUUUGUACAGCUUUUAUUCUGAAGGGGAAAAUGUCACUCGUCUCCAGCUUUUCUCCGUUUUUCUCAGGAUGUGCUCUUCGCGUGCAUGACCAGGUUAAGAUGAUAUGCGAUUGUAUAGAACCCCCCCCCCCCCCCCCUGUUUUUAAAUACAUGUGCUGUAAAUCAAUCUAUAAAUGGGUGGCUAAUGUCGACGUGGUGCUCUGAUGACUCUGAUGUUUAUUCAUCAUUCACUGAACUCCAGCAAUCAAAAGCAUCAAAUCUGAAGGUGAUUCUUUCUUUUUUUGGGGGUCUAGUUCAUUUCCACUAUGUGCUCAUUAAAGAAAGCAACAUGUCGACUGCAUUUCCUCCUGCCGAGAUGUCUCUGAAUGUGUCCCGUCUGAAGCCAGUGGAGCCGGGGCAGCUUUCGGGAGGAGUGUCAAUGGAGCCAAUUUGGGGCCUUUAAGUCGUAAUCAGAGUUUUUUUUUUGAACGAAAUAUCCAAUGUGUGACAUGUGGUGAGGACUUCGGGUUGCUAUGGGAACUGUGAUGGGCUGUGCUUCAUGACCAUUGAUUCGAUGGCAUCUCCAACUAUGACACUAAAAAAACUGAAUAUUUGUACUGACUCUUUUCUCUUAAAUCAGCGGGUUUCGAAAGAUGAACCGUGGCCCGACCUUCAGUCGCAUGUUGUAGUUUUGUAUAUUUAUUGUAUUAACACUGAAUAAAAGGCUCCUUCUGUACGUA